GAUAUGGUAUUCGAAGUCAGACCCGGUUCCCUGUUAUACGUUGCUGGUACAGUCGUGCACGGCUUUGGUAGGGGUUCAAAACAGUUGGGUAUACCCACAGCCAACUUAGACCCGUACACUGUCUCCCAACUCCCCUCCUCAGUUACUAACGGUAUUUACUUCGCUUGGGCUAAAGUUGAUGAACAUCCGAUAGCAAAAUCAGUGGUCAGCAUCGGUUGGAAUCCAUACUUUAAAAAUUCCACACGGUCGGUUGAAGCACAUAUAAUGCGAACGUUUCAAGAGGAUUUCUAUGGUAGUGUUCUUCAUCUACUGCUCUUGAAGUAUCACCGCCCGGAACGCGAUUUCAACAGUUUAUCUAAUGUAUUCGACAUCCGUCGAACUCAUCCAGGAAGACACGUUCUGUGUGCGGCUGCCGUUCACGGAUGCCAAUGCUGAUCUUAUUGAAUGCAUUCGAGACGAUAUUCUCCAAGCAGAUGAAUACUUAAAUCAACCGGGACCAAGUCACUGGAAAGAAAUUACCUGGUUUUCGACUUGCAUAUCCCCUACUGAGAAUGGUGUACCCUAAACUUUCUCCGUGACCUGUUUUCCCCCGCUCAGGUAGACUGCUCGUCCCACGGACGAGCAGGCAUCGAGAGAUGCAUUUAUUGCCCCUCGGCAAGCCUGUUCAUUGCUUUUGAAUGAAACGAUUGCACAGACGCUGUACUUCUUGGUGUUCUGUUUCUCCCAUGAACUGUGAUGAUGCUGAUCUGAUUUCACUUUGAUUCCUGUGUUAGCUUUCCAUUCGUGUAUACUUCAAGUGUAAAUUAUUUUUAAUCUAAACUUUUGUCUAUAACUGUUCCACUUUUGUUCAUUUCGAACCCGGGACUCCCCUACUUCCCAUCUAUUCGGUGUUGCGGCUCGUGUUGAAUGAAGCCAUAAAUUGAGUAACCGCAACCACAGCAGCUUAAUUGAAUUGUGCACUCUCAUAGCCAGUU